AUGGGGCAUUUCUUGAUGCGACGCACUACCACAUGGCCAAGCUGUUUCAUCCUAUGGUGCUUGUCCGUGCAGCUUCUCUUGCUGUCUCCGGUGUACUCCCUCAACCAAAGCUCCUGCAACCCAGAUGAUUAUGGUGCACUGGAAGGCUUCCUGAGAGGUGUCACCGGAGGCAUCAGCGGCUGGACGCUCUCAAACACGACCUCCGAAGUGGCCAACCGCUGUGCAUGGGUGGGCGUCACAUGCGACGCCGGCGGCCGGGUCAUCAGGCUGGACCUCCAUGGCAGGAAACUCAAGGGCGAGCUGGCACCUUCGCUCGCACAACUGGGCCAUCUCCAGUGGCUCAACCUCUCCGAUAACAACCUCCGUGGUGCCAUCCCAGCACCCCUCCUUCAGCUCCAUAGACUGCAGCGGCUCGACGUAAGCAACAACGAGCUUUCUGGCACAUUCCCGGCCAACGUCUCGCUCCCGGUGAUUGAGGUCUUCAACAUAUCGUUCAACUCGUUCAGCGGCACCCAUCCCACACUCCAUGGUUCAGCGCAGCUCACGGUGUUCGAUGCAGGGUACAAUAUGUUCACCGGGAGAAUUGAUUCAAGCAUCUGUGAGUCAUCUCGAGUGAUCCGUGUGAUAAGAUUCACUUCGAAUCUCUUUGCCGGGGAACUGCCGGAAGGCUUUGGAAACUGCAUAAAGCUCGAGGAGCUAUAUGCCGAGCUCAACAGCAUCUCCGGGAGCUUGCCAGACGACCUAUUCAAGUUGCAAUUUCUGAAGAAUUUGACUCUGCAGGAGAAUCAGCUCACUGGUAGGAUGAGCCCGAGGUUUGGCAAUCUGUCCAGCCUUGCUCAGCUGGACAUUUCUUUUAAUUCCUUCUCUGGACACCUUCCAGAUGUUUUUGGUAGGCUUGGCAAGUUAGAGUACUUCUCUGCACAGUCCAACCUCCUCAGAGGCCCGUUGCCUGCUUCAUUGUCUCAAUCGCCAUCAUUGAAGAUGUUGUACUUGCGGAACAAUUCACUGAAUGGAAGGAUCAACCUCAAUUGCUUGAAGAUGACACAACUGAGCUCACUUGACCUUGGGACAAAUAAGUUUAUUGGCACAAUUGAUAGCUUGUCAGAUUGCCAUCGUCUCAGAAGCCUAAAUCUUGGCACAAAUAACCUCAGUGGCGAAAUACCAGCUGAUUUUAGAAAGCUUCAGUUUUUGUCCUACAUCUCACUUUCGAACAACAGCUUCACAAAUGUUUCCUCGGCAUUAUCUGUCCUUCAAGACUGUCCAAGCCUAACAAGCCUUGUGUUGACAAAGAACUUCCAUGAUGGGAAGGCCUGGCCGAUGACUGGAAUACAUGGCUUUCAUAAGAUCCAGGUGUUUGCCAUUGCUAAUAGCCAUCUUUCAGGAGCAAUACCACCAUGGUUAGCUAAUUUCAGAGAAUUGAAGGUCCUAGAUUUGUCAUGGAAUCAACUGUCUGGGGAUAUUCCUGCAUGGAUUGGUGAUCUCGAGUUUCUAUUCUAUGUGGAUCUUUCUAACAAUUCACUUACAGGGGUAAUACCAAACAGUUUCUCGAGCAUGAAGGGACUUCUUACAUUCAACAGCUCACAGCAAUCCACAGAGACUGAUUAUUUUCCUUUCUUCAUUAAAAGGAACAAAACAGGCAAAGGGUUGCAGUACAAACAGGUUAGCAGCUUUCCACCGUCUCUAAUUCUCAGCCAUAACAAGCUCAUAGGUGCCAUAUUGCCGGGCUUUGGAAGCCUCAAGAACCUGUAUGUCUUGGACCUCAGCAACAACAAUAUUUCUGGUAUCAUUCCUGAUGAGCUAUCAGGCAUGUCUAGCUUGGAAUCCUUGGAUUUGUCACAUAACAAUCUCACCGGAAGCAUUCCCUAUUCAUUGACAAAGUUGAAUUUUCUAUCAAGCUUCAGUGUGGCAUACAAUAAUCUGAUGGGCACAGUUCCAUUAAGAGGGCAAUUCUCAACAUUCACUGGUUCUGAUUAUGAGGGGAACCCCAACCUUUGUGGCACCCGCUUUGGCUUAUCCCCAUGUCAGUCCAAUCAUGCUCCCAUCAUCUCUGCAACGGGAAAUCGGAAGAACAAGGGUCUCAUAUUAGGAAUAAUUAUUGGCAUUGCAAUUGGAGCAGCAAUGGUUUUGUCUGUUGCUGUUGUACUUGCGUUGAAGAGAAGCUUCAGAAGGCAGGAUCAUAUAGUUAAGGCUGUUGUGGAUACAAAUGUAGCAUUCGAAUUGGCACCAGCGUCACUGGUACUUCUGUUUCAGAACGAAGAUGAUGACAAGGCAUUGACUAUCAGUGACAUUUUGAAAUCUACAAACUACUUUGAUCAGGCUAACAUCAUUGGUUGUGGUGGGUUUGGUCUAGUGUACAAGGGAACAUUGCCAGAUGGAGCAAAGAUCGCCAUCAAAAGACUAUCGGGUGAUUUUGGCCAGAUGGAGAGGGAGUUCAAAGCAGAAGUGGAAACUUUAUCAAAAGCUAAGCAUCCUAAUCUUGUGCUUCUACAAGGUUACUGCAGGAAUGGCAGUGACAGGCUCCUGAUCUACUCUUACAUGGAGAAUGGCAGCCUAGACCACUGGCUUCAUGAAAAGCCUGAUGGCCCAUCCAGAUUAAACUGGCAGAGAAGGCUUCAGAUAGCCAAAGGAGCGGCACGAGGUUUGGCAUACCUGCACUUGUCAUGCGAACCUCACAUACUACACCGUGAUAUCAAGUCAAGCAACAUACUCCUGGAUGAGAAUUUUGAAGCUCAAUUGGCUGAUUUUGGGCUUGCUCGGCUAAUUUGUCCCUAUGAUACACAUGUGACAACUGACCUAGUUGGCACACUGGGUUACAUCCCCCCUGAGUAUGGCCAGUCUUCAGUAGCCACUUUCAAAGGUGAUGUGUAUAGUUUUGGCAUUGUUCUUCUGGAGUUAUUAACAGGAAAGAGGCCUGUUGAUAUGUGCAAGAGGAAGGGAGCUAGGGAGUUGGUCUCAUGGGUUAUGCACAUGAAAGGAGAACACCGUGAAGCCGACGUAUUGGACCGUGCAAUGUAUGACAAGAAAUUUGAGAUGCAAAUGAUGAAGAUGAUUGAUAUUGCAUGUUUGUGCAUUAGUGAGUCACCUAAACUGAGGCCAUUAACCCAUGAAUUAGUGCUAUGGCUUGACAACGUUUGUGCUAGCAGUGAAGCAACAAAGUGA